AUGCGGGCAAAGUGCAGUGCAAACACUCUCGUAGUCCCUAAGCAGCAAAAUGUCACAUGAUAUCCUUUCUUGACAAAUGCUAAAUCCGUAUCCCUAACCGCGGGGCUCUUUCCUGCUUCCCCACGGCUCGUCGGCGUCUGCUCCUCUUCCCAGUCCUCUGCUCGUAGGUAUGCACUUACCUAAACUCAUCGGACAUUCGGACAUGUGCAAUUUCGUUAACGUCAUCGGCCAUUGGGUUAAUACGCAGGAGUACAUCUGCUUCGUUUCCUAGGGCUUAUUUGGGAGCAGCUCGUCGAAAAAAGAAAAGAAAAAUGGCUUCCCUCUUCAAGGAUCUGAGCAAGAUAUCAGCCUAUAGAGAUAGAAGGUUCCAGGGUUCACAGGAAGAGUUUGACGAAGCUCUGCUGAAAUCUACUACUGUCUAUGUGGGCAAUAUGUCCUUCUAUACAACUGAAGAGCAAGUUUACGAGUUGUUCUCACGCACCGGAGAACUAAAAAAGAUAAUCAUGGGUCUUGACAAAAACAGCAGAACUCCAUGUGGUUUCUGCUUUGUAAUGUACUACUCUAGAGAAGAUACUGAAGAUUCAGUAAAAUAUAUAAGUGGAACAAUACUUGAUGAUCGUCCAAUACGUGUAGAUUUUGAUUGGGGUUUCCAGGAAGGUAGACAGUGGGGACGCGGUAGAAGUGGAGGACAAGUUCGUGACGAAUAUCGCACUGACUAUGAUCCAGGUAGGGGUGGUUAUGGAAAGUUGGUGCAGAAGGAGUUGGAGUCUCAAAGAGAACUGGUGGAUUAUGGAACUGGAUCAUUGGGUAAUUUCCCACCUGUAAUGCCACCACAAUAUGGUCGGCAUGGUGGGAAUCAUGGUCACGGAGGUUCUUACCGGCACGGCAGAGAUUACCAGCGUAAGCGGAAUCGAGAUGAUGACCGUCCUAGACUCGAUUACUCAAAGAGAGUUUACCGUCGUGAACCUACAAAAGAUUCUGACCAGGAAGCUCGGCCGGAAAAGAAUCCGCGGUUCCGUGAGAGUGGCGACUCAGAUGAGGAGGAUGACGAUGAUAGGAAGCGAUCCCAUUAGAUAUUUCUGUAGUUCACUUCGGAAACUCUUUACACUGGAAAAAGGAAUGACAAGAGUCUUUUUGUUCCCUUUUCAAGUUCACUUUUCUUUCCUAUAUCCAUUGUGCUUGAUUUUAGUCACCUAAGUAGCAUUUGUAGCCUUAUUCGUUUCCGUUAGACUUUCCAAAAGAAGAAACUAGUCUCUACUAAAAUUCGGAAUGUGUAUGAUCUCCAUGGAUGCUGUAGAAGUGGUCCCGUUGCUGGCUUUGUAAUUUCUUAUUCCAGUUUUCCAAUUGAUCUAUUAUUAAAAAGAGAUCAAGUGAAACAUUUAAUGCUUCACUUUUGAAAUUGUAAUUAUGGUUGACAUAAGUCAGGUUCUUUACUGAAAGUCUGUCUGAAACAAUAGGUUCUGAGAUUGUAAUGUUGUACGGAGUAUUUAAAAGUGUUGGGUUUUAG